GGGCGGGGCGGGGCGGAGCCGGCGCAGGGUGCUGGCUGGGGCGACCCAGGUCCCGGCUCCUGGCCCGCUGGCGGCCGCGUGGGAGCAGCGGGUUUCGACGGCGCGGCCUGGCCACCAUGGCCGGGCAUGGGAAGCUGCGGCGGGAGCGGGGGCUGCAGGCUGAGUAUGAGACGCAAGUCAAAGAGAUGCGCUGGCAGCUGAGCGAGCAGCUGCGCUGCCUGGAGCUGCAGGGCGAGCUGCGGCGGGAGCUGCUGCAGGAGCUGGCUGAGUUCAUGCGGCGCCGUGCCGAGGUGGAGCUGGAGUACUCCCGGGGCCUGGACAAACUGGCUGAGCGCUUCUCCAGCCGCGGAGGCCGCCUCGGGGGCAGCAGUCGGGAGCACCAAAGCUUCCGGAAGGAGCCGUCCCUCCUGUCGCCCUUGCACUGCUGGGCUGUGCUGCUGCAGCAGACACGGCAGCAGAGCCGGGAGAGUGCCGCCCUCAGUGAGGUGCUGGCUGGGCCCCUGGCCCAGCGCUUGAGCCACAUCGCGGAGGACGUGGGGCGCAUUAUGAGGAAGAGUAAGGAUCUGGAGCAACAGCUGCAGGAUGAGCUCAUGGAGGUGGUCUCAGAGCUCCAGACGGCCAAGAAGACAUACCAGGUGUACCACACAGAGAGCAUGAAUGCCGAGGCCAAGCUCCGUGAAGCCGAGCGGCAGGAGGAGAAGCGGGCAGGCCGGAGUACCCCCACCACCACUGCCGCCACCGCCGAGGCAGGGCUCCUCCGCAAGAGCUCCCUCAAGAAGGGAGGGCGGCUGGUGGAGAAGCGUCAGGCCAAGUUCUUGGAGCAUAAACUCAAGUGCACAAAGGCUCGCAAUGAGUACCUGCUCAGCCUGGCCAGUGUCAACGCCGCUGUCAGCAACUACUAUUUGCAUGAUGUCUUGGACCUCAUGGAUUGCUGUGACACAGGGUUCCACUUGGCCCUGGGGCAGGUGCUCCGGAGCUACACGGCCGCUGAGAGUCGCACACAAGCCUCCCAGAGGCAGGGCCUGAGCAGCCUGGAGGAAGCUCUGGAGGCCCUGGAUCCCCCAGGGGACAAGGCCAAGGUGCUCGAGGUGCAUGCCACCGCCUUCUGUCCUCCACUGCGUUUUGACUACCAGCCCCACGAAGGGGAUGAGGUGGCCGAGAUCCAGGUUGAGAUGGAACUGCGGGAUGAGAUUGUGCCCAGAGCCCAGAAUAUCCAGAGCCGCUUGGACCGACAGACCAUAGAGACAGAAGAGGUGAACAAGACGCUGAAGGCAACGCUGCAGGCCCUGCUGGAGGUGGUGGCAUCAGAUGAUGGGGACGUGCUUGAUUCCUUCCAGACCAGCCCCUCCACUGAGUCCCUCAAGUCCACCAGCUCAGACCCAGGCACCCGGCAGGCAGGCCGGAGACGCGGCCAGCAGCAGGAGACUGAGACCUUCUACAUCACGAAGCUCCAGGAGUACCUGAGUGGGCGGAGCAUCCUUGCCAAGCUGCAGGCCAAACACCAGAAGCUGCAGGAGGCCAUCCAACGAGGUGACAAGGAGGAGCGGGAGAUGUCUUGGACCCAGUACACACAGAGAAAACUCCAGAAGAGCUGCCACCCCCGCCCCAACUCCCAGUAUAACCAGAGACUGUUUGGGGGAGACAUGGAGAAGUUUAUCCAGAGCUCAGGCCAGCCCGUGCCCCGGGUGGUGGAGAGCUGCAUCCGCUUCAUUAACCUCAACGGCUUGCAGCACGAAGGCAUCUUCCGGGUGUCGGGAGCCCAGCUCCGGGUCUCAGAGAUCCGCGACGCUUUUGAGAGGGGGGAGGACCCCCUGGUGGAAGGCUGCACUGCCCACGACCUGGACUCGGUGGCUGGGGUGCUGAAGCUCUACUUCCGAAGCCUGGAGCCCCCGCUCUUCCCCCCGGACCUGUUUGGGGAGCUGCUGGCUUCUUCAGAGCUGGAGGCCGCGGCGGAGCGGGUGGAGUGCGUGAGCCGCCUGCUGGCCCGGCUGCCCGCGGCAGUGCUGGUGGUGCUGCGCUACCUCUUCGCCUUCCUCGGCCACCUGGCCCAGUACAGCGACGAGAACAUGAUGGAUCCCUACAACCUGGCCGUGUGCUUUGGGCCGACACUGCUGCCAGUGCCUGCGGGGCAGGACCCGGUGGCCCUGCAGGGCCGGGUGAACCAGCUGGUGCAGACACUCAUCGUGCAGCCCGCCCAGGUUUUUCCACCCCUGACGGUGCUGCCAGGCCCUGUGUACGAGAAGUGCAUGGCACCACCUUCCACCAGCUGCCUGGGGGACAUCCAGCUGGAGAGCCUGGCCAGGGAGAACGAGCCAGAGCUGGAAGCCGAGAGCACAGCGCAGGAGGAUGACCUGGAAGGGGUCAUGGAGGCUGUGGCCUGCUUUUCCUACACUGGCCGCACAGCCCAGGAGCUGACGUUCCAGCGUGGGGACGUGCUGCGGCUCCAUGAGCGCGCCUCGAGUGACUGGUGGCGAGGGGAACAUGCUGGAGCACGGGGACUCAUUCCCCACAAAUACAUCAUGCUGCCUGCGGGGGCAGAGAAGCUGGUGGUGGGCUCAGGGCCACAGGCCGCAAGGGAGCUGGUGAGCAGUCCGGAGGGUCUCCUGGCCUUGGAGUUCAUGCAUCGGCCAGAGCCGUGCGCCCUACCCGAGACCGUGGGCUCCUCUGGGCAAAGACGGCACUGCUUGGUCCCAGCCUCUCCAGAGCCACACAUGGAGGUGGACAAGGCUGUGGCGCAGAACAUGGAGUCUGUGUUUAAGGAGCUCUUGGGGAAGACCACUGUCUGCCAGGGCCUCGGGCUGGCAUCUGCCACCUCCCCCAGCCUCGGGCCCCGUACCCGCCUAGGCAGGAACAAGGGCUUCUCCCGUGGCCCUGGGGCCCCAGCCUCACCCUCAGCAUCCCAUGCCCAGGGCCCGGACUCGACCCUGAAGCCACACUGAAGUGCUGCUGGUGGAGCCUCUAUAGGCCUGCCCCUGCCCCCUGUGGCCACCCAGAGGCCAGCCACUGUCGCCAGCCCUUUGCUGCUUCUCCCUGGCCCUGUCUGGCAAGUACAGAGGAGGAUGAGGCUACCCAAACAGGGGGCCCAGCUCCAUGCCUCUGCCCAUGGCCAGCCCUGGCGUAGCCCCUUUGGGAGGCAGCCGAGGAAGGAGGCUUUGCUCUGAGGGUUUGGUGGCAGCUGUUGGGUGGCGGGUACCCUUGCUCAGGUGAGCAGGCCCACCAAGACCCAGCCUGGCUCCUCCUCAGCUGCCUGGCAGAGGUGGCAGUGAUUCAUAAAGACCUAUGUGUUGA